GGGAAGGGUGUGUCUUCACGCCGUAACACAACAACUUAAAAAAAAAACAUUGUGCACGAUUGAGUUAAAUUCCCCAAAAAAUAAUAAUAAAGCAUGCACGCUUUGGUGAACGCCUUCCUGCGCUGCCUCUCCUUCCUGUUGCCCCCCUCCCGGCUUUGUGUCAGCCUCUGCUUGUGGGCCGCCAGCGAGCGUGAAGAGACGCCGCCUCGGCCCAAUCCCACAAAGCCUCUUACAUAUGAGGAAGUAGCAGCAGUAGCCGCGGCGGUACAAGGCGGUGGCUCCUCUGCUGCUCCAGGCUGCGUCUCGCCGGCUGCUACGAGCCCCGCCGCUCCGCACGGCCCUCCGUCGGAGGCUCGGAUCUGGAUCGGGGUCGUCUGGCGAGCCGUGGAGCGCGUCUUGGGAGCCCCGUGGGUCCUCCUCAGCCAUAGCGGCGGCGAGGGCGGCCGUCGAGCGCCGACGCCGCGUCCUCCCCGCGUCCUCGACUCGAGCUCGGCUUCCGCCGCGACUGCCACUGCCGCUGCCGCCGCCGCCCUAGGAGGCUACGGAGCCGGCGCAGGCGCCUCGACCCACACCGGGAACAUGAGCCGGGCCGCGGAGACCCCCGGCCCGAGUCCGAGCCACCGAGCGGCGUGCUCCCCGGAUUCGUCCUCGGAGAGGGGCGUGGAUGAGGUCAUCACCGUGGACCAGCACUCGCAGGAGAUGGGCACGGUUACCAUCACGGUGGCCAUCCAGGCCGCCGAGGACGAGGAACCGGAAGAAUUCUCGCCCGGGAAUGUCGACUUCAUUGGCGGCAGCUGCAGCGAAGACGAACUCGGCAGACACGACAAGUCCAGCGGUGCCGGCACUAGCGGAGGUGAGCUCGAGGAGGAGAGCUGGCAGCCGCCGGACGCGGAGCUCAUCCAAAAGCUGGUGGCCCAGAUCGAGUACUACCUGUCGGACGAGAACCUCGAGCACGACGCCUUCCUGCUCAAGCACGUCAGACGCAACAAGCUGGGUUUUGUGAGCGUGAAGUUGCUGACCUCUUUUAAAAAGGUCAAACACUUGACCCGCGACUGGAGAACAACCGCCUUUGCCCUGAGACACUCCAAAGUUCUGGAGCUCAACGACGAGGGCCGGAAGGUGCGGCGCAAGUCGGCCGUGCCGGUCUUCGCCAGCGAGUCUUUGCCCAGUCGCAUGCUACUGCUGAGCGAGCUGACGCGCUGGCCCGAGCUAGCGGAGAUCACGCGCGGCGUCAAGGAGAACGGGGGCGGCGAGGGCGGGUCGGCUCAGCAGGAGCAGCUGAUGAAGCUGCUGCUCAAAGCCUUCGGGACGUAUGGCGCCAUCGCCUCCGUCCGGGUCCUGAAGCCCGGCAAGGACCUGCCGGCCGACCUGAAGAGGCUGAGCAGCCGCUACGCUCAGCUCGGCACGGAGGAGUGCGCCAUUGUGGAGUUUGAGGAGGUGGAGGCGGCGGUUAAAGCCAACGAAGCUGUCGGAAGCGAGGAUGGGGGUUCAAGCUCGCUGGGCUUGAAGGUCGUCCUGAUUGGAACCAAACCACCCAAAAAGAAAAUCCAGAAGGAGCGCCCCCGCGAGGAGGGGGUGCCGACCACGGGGAUGCGCAAAAGCCGCUCGCUCAACAGCAGAGUGCGGGAGCUCCAGUACCACGGCGAGGACUCGGCGUGCAGCUCCUCCGAGACGGAGAGCACCCCGACGUCGCCCCGGCUGGCCCGAAAGUCCCAAUCCUGCAACAAGCUCAGCCCCACCGCCGCCGGACUCGCCUUCCAGAACAAUCACCUCAGUCCCGGCAUGUCGCCCCGCAACAGCCCGUGGUCCAGCCCCCGUGCCAGUCCAUGUCCUCAGCGCAAGUCCGCUCACUCCCACAAGUCUCCCUUAGCCAGCGAGGGCCGGCUGAGCCCCGAGGCGGGGCGCCGCUGGGCCGACUACUCCUCGGACAGUAGCCUGACUCCAUCCGGGAGUCCGUGGGUGCAGCGGCGUAAGCAAGUGGCCUCGCAGGAGAGCAGCCCGGUGGGAAGCCCCAUGCUGGGACGGAAGAUCCAGAACGCCGACGGGCUACCGCCGGGUGUCGUGAGACUUCCGCGCGGCCCCGACGGAACCCGCGGCUUUCACUGUGCGGCGCCGGGGGAGAGAGGGAAGAGCGCCGCCACUCAGACUUGACGCGUGAACGUCGCCAAAAAGCAUCCCACCCUGGGUAGUACCCCCCUACCUUGGGGAUCCGACCCGAGCUGUCCUGUGGGGGCCCCCCCCACCCUUUAUUUGAGACUGUGGAGAUCUAUUUUUGUUGAGUGAAUCUGUUUUCAGUUUGUUCUAUUUUUCUACAAACUGUUUUUUGUUGACGUGGUGACAUUAGUAACGGACAUAACUGAUGGACAUUUGACUUCAUUUCAAGUACUGUUGCUUUAAGAGGACUUCCGACACGCCAUCGGGAAUGGUUAAUUCCGUCUAAAAACGUCACUUUUUGGCUGUCGAAGGAGUUUCGUGUUUUUUCCUGAUUUCGUGGGGGUCGAGCCAUUUUUAUUUUUAUUUUUUUUUUUAAAUGGAUUAGUGUCCUGUCUUGUGUCAAAGCCUCACUCUUUGGAUGGUGUAUUGAUGUACGCGGGAAAUCACCAUUUGCCUUUUUCUGUCUAAACUGCAAGUUCCAUUUUUACAUGCUAUUUAAACCAAGGCCACCUUCAUUUAUUAUUUUUUUAUUUUCUUUGUUUUAAUUUCCUGGAUGCUUUUGGCACUUUUUUUUUUGGAAGGAAGGGUCUCCUGGAGCCAUGUCUGUUUGUUCAGCAGGUAGCUGUUUUUUUUUAUUAUUAUUAUUAUUUCUCCUUGGCAUUUGUUUUCUCGUCCUGCACAAUGAAGAGGGAGUGGGUAGGGUCGGGGGGUGCUCGGGUCCGGCAAGGAGAGCUGCUUUUUCCGCCGUAUUUACCUGAGCUGGUGUUAUUUGUAUAGUGCAAAUCCUGUUGUGCAAAUAAAGGACACUACUUCACCUGACCGGAUUUAUUUGUUGCAAUUCGAAA